GCCAGGGGUCCGUUAAGAUCCUCACCAUCACACGGCUGCAGGCUCCAGCUCUCAGCCCAGCGGACCUGGCCAGGCUGCCCGGGUCUUCACCCAUCAGCAGCAGCAGCCUCUCCACCGCAAUCUGGGGCUGAAGCCGGGAUUCGGGACUGCACAGCUCAUGUGUAUUUACCCACCAGCCGUGUAUCUGUGGGCUUAGAGGACUGGAGGACUGAGAGAUGUCUACGCCGGGUUUCACAAACCUGAACAGCAGCUGCAGCCAGAACGGAGGAGCUGCGUCCCCCUAUCAGAACGGUCCAGCACAGGCACAUCAAUCUAUGUAUCCACCUACAGGCUGCUAUGGAGCCCCACCUCAACAACAGAGCUAUCCCACCAUCCCUGCCCACUCCACUCCUGCUCCCAGUAAAGCCUCCAUUACAAACAGUGCCCAUGGUGCUAACUACCACCAGAGCAACCAUCAGCCACAGCAGCAGCAGCAUCACCACAUCCCUCAGCAUCAUGUAGCACCAUCCUCAUACAGUGCUCCUUCUUCUCAGCCAUAUGCCACACUCCCCUCUUCAGGACCGCCGCCAUCAAAUGCUCAGUACAACCAGCAGCCGCACCCACCAUAUGCCAGUCCAGGAUCCUACUAUGGACAGCAGUUGUACUACUCUCCCCCAGCACAGCAAGCCCCACAGCAGCAGCAGCAGCAGCAGCAGCCCACUUUGGUGUCUGCGCCGGCUAGCAACCCUGGAGCUGCCCAUUACCCGAUUGUUUCCUACCCCUCUGCACCAGGAAGCAGCCAGUAUGGCACCCUGAGUUCCACCCAGAGCAACUCAACACCUGGUGUCAAUCCCACCCAGAUGGGUGCACCCCUACAUCAGUACAACAGCUCUCGGCCAGCCUCCACGACAGCAGUGCAACCUGGGUACAGUGCGCCCCCUCCUCGUCAGUUGGCACCAACAGUCAACGGUCAAGGAAGCGCAGUCCACCAACACUACGACCAAAGCCAUCAGGCCUCUCUGAGUUACAACUCUUACGGCGGGGUCACUCACAGCAGUGGCAGUGCUGACACAGACCGACCGCCCUCAGGGACCCCUUCCACUUCAGUCCAUUCCUCACCAGGACACCACCAAGGCGUGCAGUACGGAUAUGUUCCUAAUAGUGGAGCUAGCUCCGCCCCUGCCGCCACCUCAGGCCCAGCCGCGGCCCCCUCGUCAUCCAGCUCUGAUGAUGACGAUGAUGAGGAGGAGGAGGAUGAGGAAGCAGGUGGAGACACUUCAUCUUCUUCUACUGGCAGUGCCUCUCCGGUGCCCAACAGCUAUGAUUCCCUGGAAGGGGGAAACUUUCCAGACUCCAUGCCGCCUUCCAAUGAUAUGAACGACCAGGCGGUGUCCUAUGGGAACUAUGGAUACACUAGCAUGCAGCCAGCCUAUCACCAGGGGCCGGCCUCUCAUGCUGACUCCUCCCCCUCCCAUGACCCAUACGGACAGGCGGGCUACCAGCAGUACUCCCAGCCAUUCCCAAACCUGUCCACGCUGUCUGCAGCUCUCGGAGGGCUGAGCGGGGUGCCAGAGCUGGAGGUGGAGGCCCUGAGGCCGGUCGACUUGCUGCAGGAGAGAAACCUGCUGCCACCCAGACCCCUAGAAGCCCCUGAACCCAACCUCAGCCCCGACCUGAAGAAAGUCAACUGUAGUCCACAGACAUUCAGGUGCACCCUGACCAGCAUCCCACAGACCCAGGCUUUACUCAACAAGGCCAGGCUCCCUCUGGGCCUCCUCCUGCACCCCUUCAGAGAUCUUCAGCAGCUACCGGUGAUCACGUCAAACACGAUCGUGCGCUGCCGCUCCUGUCGCACCUACAUCAACCCGUUUGUCACCUUCCUGGACCAGCGCAGGUGGAAGUGCAACCUCUGUUACCGGGUCAACGAUGUUCCAGAUGAGUUUAUGUAUAACCCGGUCACCAGGUCGUACGGGGAGCCACAUAAAAGACCAGAGGUCCAAAAUGCCACCGUGGAGUUCAUCGCCUCCUCAGACUACAUGUUGCGCCCCCCUCAGCCAGCAGCCUACCUGUUUGUUCUGGACGUGUCUCACAACGCUGUGGAAGCAGGCUACCUGAAGUACUUCUGUGACUCACUGCUGGACAACAUGGACAAGUUGCCCGGGGAUUCCCGCACCAAGGUCGGCUUUCUGACCUUUGACAACACGAUCCACUUCUACAACCUGCAGGAGGGACUGUCUCAGCCGCAGAUGCUGGUGGUGUCGGACAUCGAUGAUGUGUUCAUCCCAUCUCAUGACAGCCUCAUGGUGAACCUAAAAGAAAGCAAAGAGCUUGUGAAGGACCUGUUAACGUCGCUGCCCGGCAUGUUCAGCCAGAGCAGAGAGACCCACAGCGCCCUCGGCCCGGCCUUACAAGCCGCGUUCAAGCUCAUGUCUCCCACCGGAGGCCGUGUCUCCGUGUUUCAGACCCAGCUGCCCACGCUGGGAGCUGGGGCGCUGCAGUCGAGGGAAGACCCAAACCAGCGCUCGAGCAGCAAGGGAGUUCAGCACCUCGGCCCCGCCACAGACUUCUAUAAGAAACUUGCACUUGACUGCUCAGGUCAACAGAUAGGAGUGGAUCUCUUCCUGCUCAGCUCCCAGUACACUGACCUUGCCUCUAUAUCAUGCAUUUCCAAGUAUUCAGCAGGCAGCAUCUUCUACUACCCCUCCUUCCAUUUCAUCCACAACCCGGCUCAAUUAGAGAAGUUCCAGAAAGAUCUGGACCGAUACCUCACCAGGAAGAUCGGCUUUGAGGCGGUCAUGAGGAUACGAUGCACUAAAGGUUUAUCCAUCCACACGUUCCACGGUAACUUCUUUGUGCGAUCUACUGACCUGCUGUCCCUGGCUAAUGUGAACCCAGACUCUGCCUUCGCUGUCCAGAUGUCAAUUGAAGACUCUCUGGCGGACUCGUCUCUGGCCUGCUUCCAGGCUGCUCUGCUCUACACCUCCAGUAAAGGAAAAAGGCGAAUCCGAGUCCACACUCUGUGUCUGCCGGUUGUCAACCAGCUGAGUGACGUUUAUUCUGGAGCUGAUGUUCAGGCCAUCACUUGUUUGCUCGCCAACAUGGCCAUCGACCGGUCCGUAACGUCCAGCCUGUCAGACGCUCGUGACGCCCUGGUGAACGCCGUGGUGGAUCUGAUCAACGCCUACAAGAGCAACGUAUCAAACCUGAUGCAGUCCGGCCUCGUGGUCCCUGCUAACCUGCGCCUCUUCCCCGUUUAUAUCCUCUCUCUGCUCAAACAGAAAGCGUUGCGGACGGGUACGAGCACACGGCUGGACGAGCGGGUCUUUGCCAUGUGUGAGUUUAAGACGCAGCCGCUGCAGCAGCUGAUGAGGAUGGUUCACCCCGACCUGUACCGCCUGGACAACAUGUCUGACCAGGGGGCACUUCAUCUGAAUGACACUGUGGUUCCUCAACCUCCACUGCUCCACCUGUCUGCUGAGAGAGUGAGCAGAGACGGAGCUUUCCUGUUGGACUGCGGCUACGUGUUUUAUCUGUGGAUCGGGAAAUGCUGCAACGAGAUGUUCAUCCGGGAUGUUCUGGGCGUCCCCAGCUACGCCUCCAUACCCCCCAACAUGAGUCACAUUCCUGAGCUGGAGACCACGCUGUCGGAGAGAGUGCGAGCGCUCCUCGACUGGCUGCAGGACAACAGAGCGUUCUGCUCCAUGAUACACGUCGUCAAGGACGACGCUUCGGCUAAAGCUACUUUCUUUCAGCACAUGGUGGAGGAUCGAUCAGAAGCUGCUUCUUCUUACCCUGAAUUCCUGCAGCACAUUCAGCAGCAAAUAUCCAAGUAGGCUCCCAUCACACAGAGACAAACUUUGAAUCUUCAAACCAGAGCGAGAAAAAGGACUUCGGUGUCGUAGAGUCAAAACUAGCGUUAGCCGAUGAACGGGGAAGCAUUGAUCCUUUCCGUCUGGUUUUAUUGAGUGAGGAGGGUCUCCUCUUUAUCGAGACAGACCCACCGCGAAAGCUCGUCGCUCAGUCGAGAUUAAACCGUCAGAACGGGAUGAUGUAGAAAAGAAUAAAGAAUUAUAGAAACAAAAGAAGAAUGAAGGAUUUUUUUCCACUUUGAAUCAAGUAAGUGUAAACGCUCCUCAGCCUCUCGUUAACGUCAUCGCUCCUGAGAAAACAAGAGGGGGGGGGGGAGUCGAGCCAAGAAGAUGCCACUUCAACACGUUUGAGUUAGUUUCUUUUGUGAGCCUCACAUGUAGCUAGUGCUGUCCUUUUUUAUCGUCGAUGUUGCAUUUUAAUUUAUUCCCUUUCUUACACUCCUGCUGAUUUGAUUUGAAGACUCUUUUGAACACACUGGAGAACAGAACCGAGCAUUCCUUCUGUCGUUUGUUCUUUUUUUGGCAUGUGCUUUGAAGUACGAGUCGCAUGUCACUGUUUUGUUUGCUGCUAGUCCGAGGGUAGACGAAAACCACGAGUCUGUGUAUGGGGGGAUCAGGAUUUUGACAGUGUUUGGAUGUUGAAAACUCCUCGUGUUGGCUCCCUCUUCUCUCCUCCACCAUGUCAACUCCUGAUUUGUCAAACUUUAAGCCCUCUUUGCUCCCAAACUGUCAGAAAUCUUCUUGUCAUUUGUUUUAUUUUUUUCAGGCGCUAACUGAAGUUGCUAUCUACUUUGUAACUACUGAAAAGAAUCUUUUAUGUGCGAUAAUUUAUGAACCAGCUUAUUAAAUAAAAAACAAAAACAGAA